CAGAAUCCUGUAGACUCUCCACCGUGCUGUUUCUGUUUCUUCAGCAAAGCUGUGCCGGAGAUCUGCCCAGAUGGGGGUCUCCUUGGCCUUAGCAGCCUCGGUUCUCCUUGCUGUCUCAAUUUGGCCUUGGGCUGACCUUCAUGUGGACAUAGAUGUGAGAAUACAGUGCUCCAUAGACUGGGUGACAGUCUUGGUCAGCCCACAUAGAUUCAACAGAAGCAACCCCUACAUGUUUGCUGACGAACUGGUUCUGGGCUUGGGCUGCCCUGCGACUGAGAUCCAAACGUAUGUGUAUCGUUUCGUGUACCCAGUUAGUGCUUGUGGCAUCCGGACCCAGGUGCUCUUCAGGGAUUAUCUCCUUAUUCAAACUGAGAUGUACUACACCCAGAGGGAUAGCCACAGAGAUCCUGAGAAGACCCCUUUGUUCUGCAUUACCACUCGGAAAUCACCGUGGAUUACUCCGGUUUCCUCUGAGGAUGACAUAAAAUUGGAGACCAGUCCCUUCAUGUCUGACUUUCAGACAACACCAGAAGAGCUGUGGUUAUUAAAUUCUACUUAGAGAGGGCUGCUGCAAAGUGGGGAAAUGAAGACUGGUGACAGUGAUGAUACAUAUUGUUGGGAAACAAUUCCUUAUUUAGAAAUAUAGAUAUAACUUUCUGUUUAUGUAUAUUAUCCCUUAAAAUUCUAGUUCAGUAAAGGCCCUGAUUAGUGGAGGUAGAUUUUUAGACAAUUUUAUUCAAGGGGCAUGGUUUGUUAAUUUAAUGUAAUUAUUCAGUAAUUUGUAAUAACCACUCAAAUUUCUCUGUCUUAUAGAGUGGAUUCAGUCCUCAGUGACAGGGAUUUGGUCCAAAUGAUAUAAACUUUGAAGGAUUAUGUUUUAAACAUUUCUCAGUAAUAAUGAAUAGUGACAGACACACACACACACACACACACACACACACACACACACACACACACGUGUGACUCCAAACUUCAAAUGUAGUGUAAAAUUUAACAUACUAACUCAUGGGAAACAAAAAUAUUGUUUGUGCCAAUAUAUUAGUGUGAUUUUUCUUAAUCCAUCAGUGAAGUCAAAUCCUGAAAAUAAUUCAACUUAUGAUAACAUAUUUGGGUAAUUAUUCCAGAUGGACAUUAAAUUCAACUCUAGAUUUCAAGCAAUCUUUUCUUAACUGAAAUUUGGUGUCAGAUUUUCCUUUUGUCCCAGUCUGAUUUCUCCAUGAUGGAAAAUGUAUUCAUUCCUGGAGUCAUGCUGCUGAUGAGGAGCAGGCCGUUAGAUGGUUAUUGGUCACUAGCUGUUCUGUGCUGUAUUUCUUUGUUGAAUUUUCCCCAAACAUGGAGCCUGCCCAUAGAAUACAUCAAAACUCACUUCUGAUUUUGGGAGAUUUUUUUCUAUCAAGUGUAAGAAUUGAACUGUGUCAUUGGCUAUUCAGUUGCUUUAUCAUAUGUACUUGGGAUGCUAUAUUCUUUGGGGGACAGAUUUUUGCCAAAUUAAUAUUUUGUGUUAAAGUGUUUUCAAAAAUUAAAGUGCCAUUAUAAUUUGCAGAAUACCACUUCUUGGGGCUGUUUACUUGUCAAAUGAAGAUUUUGACAUGAACAUCAUGGACUUCUGUGUCCGUUAACCAACAGCUGAGAGGUAAAAUUUCUGUGGGGCUUGAUGAA